AUGCUCAAGUUCAAGGACAAACUCUUCAAACGCUCUGGGGCCCCGCAGCCGGUUGGGGACGAAGGUUCGAGAUCAUCGUCGCCAAGCCGUGCGCCCACCGUCCCCUUCCCUGACGGAGUGAAGGUGCUCCACGACGGUAGUGACGCAACGGUCGACGUCUGCUUCGUCCACGGCCUGACCGGCAAUCGAGACACCACGUGGACGGCCAAGGGACAGUCCCAACCGUGGCCGCAGACCUUGCUAGCACCCCAGCUCACCACCGCACGUAUCCUGACGUACGGCUAUGAUGCGUACGUAGUGAGAACGUCGGUCCCGGGGUUCAAUGGACUGCUCGAUCACGCUUCCAACCUCCUCCAUGACCUGACCGCCGACCGGGCCCGCCACAAUGCAUCCGAUCGUCCCCUUAUCUUCGUGGCCCACAGCCUGGGCGGCCUCGUGUGCAAAAAGGCGAUCCUCCUGUCGCGCAAUAACCCUGAGGACCAUUUGAAAGAGAUGUUUAAGUGCACCAAAGGGAUCAUAUUCAUGGGCACGCCUCAUAUGGGAAGCCGGAUGGCCGACUGGGCGAGGGUUCCGGCGUCGGCUCUGGGGAUGGUCAAGUCCACCAAUAAGUCGUUGCUGAAGAUUUUAGAAUUGGAUGACCAGCUUCUGGAGUCGGUCCAAGUCGAAUUCUUAGCGAUGAUCCGUGACCUAAGGGAGAGCAACCGGCGGCUCGAGGUGACCUGCUUCUUUGAGGAGCUACCGUUCCCGGUAGUGGGGAAGGUUGUUUCCAAGAAGUCGGCCACGUUCGCAGGAUAUAACCCGAUCGGCAUCCACGCUAACCAUCGUAAUAUGGUUCGGUUUGCUUCUUCAGACGAGACAGGUUUCAAGAGGGUACUCGGCGAGCUCACUCGGUGGGAAAUGGAGUUACGGUCAUCGACCCAGAAUGAGCCCAGCUCUGCACAGUCAGACGAGCCAGUGCAUCCGUCGUCUCGCAAACCAGUAUUCGCGGUGCCCUUCGAGCCCGACCCCCAUUUUAUCCCCCGAGAGUCCAUCUCGUCGUCUAUCAAAGAUCAGCUGACGCAACAUCGGCGAGCGGUUCUGCAUGGAAUGGGUGGGACUGGGAAAUCGCAAAUUGCCAUCACCUACGCGUAUCAGUACCACCAAGAGCACCCGCGCAGCCACGUAUUCUGGAUGUAUGCGGCCACGAGGAGUCGGUUUAUACAGGCAUGCCAGCAAAUGGCGCGGCAACUGAAUUUACCCGGAUGUGAGGAUCCUAAGAUGGAUGCGUGCGCACUCGUGGCCGGGUGGUUAAUCGACGAGGGGAACGGACCGUGGCUUUUGAUUGUGGACAAUGCCGACGAUGCUAAUCUUCUACUAGGUGCCAUCCCUUCGGGUGAAUCAGAUCCCGACGAGGAUACCGCGAUAAAGCCGUUGAUAGAUUACCUACCUCGGACUCUAGAUCCCUCGAGACGGAUCCUAAUCACGACACGGAACAAGGAUGUAGCGGAUAGCCUCGGACAGAGCGCAACACCCAUCGCCGUAGGCCCUUUCUCGUUACCCGAAGCGAAGUUGCUCCUGGAACAGAAGAUGACGACGGCGACGGCUUGGCCCUCCGACGAGACGGUGGAGGAGCUCCUGACAUCGCUCGCGCGCGUACCGCUGGCAAUCACGCAAGCGGCGGCAUUCAUUAAUCGGAACGUCAUGUCGAUUGCGGACUAUCUGAGGGUCUUCCGGACCAGUGAGUCGGAGCGGAUGAGGCAGUUGAGUAUCGAAUUGCAGGAUCCUCGGCGGGAGCGGGGGUUUCCCAAUUCCGUCUUUCGGACAUGGAGACUAUCCUUCGACCAGAUGCGACAACGUGACGGCGCCGCUGCCACGCUCCUCGCAUUCCUAGCCUUUUUGGAUGGACAGUCUAUCCCGUUGGCGUUGGUACAGCGUACGCAGACGGUAGAAGCAGAUUGGCGCCAUGUAUUGGGCACGAUAACGGGAUACUCGUUGGUGGUGGCGGCGGCGGAUGAGACGAUCUCUAUGCACCCUUUGGUGCAGGAGUCGGUGCGGUAUUGGUUGGAGCAGCAUAAGGAGAAAGAGUCGAGCGUGGAGCAAGCCGUUCAGGUCCUCGCAGCCAGCUUUCCUAGUGGAGAGUAUAGUAACUGGGCGGUGUGUCAGACGCUCCUCCCUCAUGCGCAGGCGGCACUACGUCACCAAGGUGGAACUGUCCUGACGAGUGAACAUCGCGGACAGCUCCAGUACCAUAUUUCGUGGUUUCUAUGGGCGUCUGGACGGUAUGAAGCUGCAUUUGAACAUGUAUCACAGUCGUACGAGAUCCGAGCGGCGCUGCUCGGGAGCGGGGCAGAGGCAACACUGGACAGCCUUGGAUUAAUGGCGUUGGUACUACGACAUCGAGGGAAGUAUGAGGAGGCGGAGGAGAUAUACCGACGAGAGCUGGCGGGAAGCGAGAAGGCGCUGGGGGUAGAUCAUCCCGACACAUUAACGAGCGUAAAUAAUCUAGCGUUAGUACUACGAUCUCGAGGGAAGUACGAGGAGGCGGAGGAGAUGUACCGACGAGCACUGGUAGGAAUGGAGAAGGCGCUGGGGGUGGAUCAUCCCUCUACGUUAACGAGUAUAAAUAAUCUAGGGUCGGUACUACAAUCUCGAGGGAAGUACGAAGAGGCGGAGGCGAUACACCGACGAGUACUGGCGGGAAGGGAGAAGGCGCUGGGGGUAGAUCAUCCUGACACAUUGACGAGCGUCUACAACCUUGCUUACCUACUCGAUGCUAAGCAAGAUUUACAGCAGGCGCUAGGUCUCUAUCAACGUGCGGUGUCAGGCUACGAGAGGGUCCUAGGCGCGGAUCAUCCCACUACGUCGGCCUGUCGAGAACGUCUAUCGUCGCUGUUGAGGAGGAUGGAGUGA